GAAGGGGGAUCGCUGAGGAAUAGGACACGGCUUGGUUCAAGAAGAAGCCCAGAAAUAAAUCAUGAUGAUGGUUUAGAUUUGUGACGGUCAUCAGAAGUUGAAGGAUCUGAUGUCAGCACUCAACUGUACAAAUCUUAAAGGACCAGUUCAGUCACUGUAACCCCAAAGUAGCUAUGCCGAAGAUCAUGUGGAAGAGAUUCAACUUAACUCUGACACAGAGAUCAUGGACAAGCCCGGUCCAGUGCAGAUAGUCCUGGCUCAUGAAGAUGACCAUAACUUUGAACUGAAUGAAAAGGCGUUGGAAAACAUUUUGAUGCAGGAACACAUAAGAGAUCUGAAUGUUGUCGUUGUAUCUGUGGCUGGCGCAUUUCGUAAAGGCAAAUCUUUUCUGUUGGAUUUCAUGCUAAGGUUUAUGUACAGUCAGAGUUCCCUAAGAUGGAUAGGUGGGGACAAUGAGCCAUUAACAGGCUUCACGUGGCGAGGAGGAUGCGAGAGAGAAACCACAGGCAUACAGAUCUGGAGUGAAGUGUUCAUCAUAGAAAAGCCUGAUGGUUCCAAGGUUGCUGUUAUUCUUAUGGAUACCCAAGGAGCCUUUGAUAGCCAGUCCACAAUUAAAGAUUGUGCAACGGUGUUUGCUUUAAGCACUAUGACCAGUUCUGUGCAGGUUUAUAACUUAUCCCAGAACAUUCAAGAAGAUGAUCUGCAGCAUUUACAGCUAUUUACAGAAUAUGGUCGUCUUGCAAUGGAAGAAAUUUAUACAAAGCCAUUUCAGACCCUCAUGUUUUUAAUCAGAGAUUGGAGCUAUCCUUAUGAACACCCGUAUGGCUUGGAAGGAGGAAAAAUGUUCCUGGAAAAGAGAUUGCAGGUGAAGCAGAAUCAGCAUGAGGAAUUGCAGAAUGUUCGGAAGCAUAUACACUCUUGUUUUACAAACAUCGGCUGUUUUCUUUUGCCGCAUCCAGGUUUAAAAGUUGCAACCAAUCGAGAUUUCGAUGGCCGAUUAGCUGAUAUAGACAGUGAUUUUAAAGGAGAGCUACACGCACUGAUCCCUUUGUUGCUUGCCCCUGAGAACCUCGUGGAAAAGGAAAUAAGUGGCUCCAAAGUGACGUGUCGAGAACUCCUUGAGUACUUUAAGGCUUACAUAAAAAUUUAUCAAGGUGAAGAACUGCCUCAUCCUAAAUCAAUGCUUCAGGCGACAGCUGAAGCAAACAAUCUGGCUGCUGUAGCAGUAGCGAAAGACACGUAUAGCAAGUCAAUGGAACAGGUUUGUGGAGGUGAUAAACCAUAUAUUGCACCUACAGAUCUUGAGAGGAAGCACUUGGACAUGAAAGAAUUUUGUAUAAAACAGUUCCGCUCAGUGAAAAAGAUGGGAGGAGAAGAAUUCUGUCGUCGAUAUCAGGACCAGCUUGAGAAUGAAAUAGACGAAACCUAUGCAAACUUUCUGAAGCACAAUGAUGGCAAAAACAUCUUCUAUGCUGCUCGCACUCCUGCUACCUUGUUUGCCGUAAUGUUUGCCAUGUACAUUAUCUCAGGACUGACUGGAUUCAUUGGUUUGAACUCCAUAGCAACCAUUUGCAACCUGGUCAUGGGAAUAGCACUACUGUCCUUCUGCACCUGGGCGUAUGUGAAAUACUCUGGAGAGUUCAGAGAAUUAGGGUCCCUAAUCGAUCAAAUAGCAGAAAUAAUAUGGGAACAGCUGUUGAAGCCAAUGAGUGAUAACUUAAUGGAAGAUAACAUAAGACAAACUGUGACAAACUCCAUCAAAGCAGGUCUUACAGAGCAAGUGACUCAAGCUGCCCGGCUAAAGACAGACUGACAAUCCGUGUAUCCUGCUGCAUCUUUCCCCAACCUAUGCUUCUUUGUACAACGAGAACUCUGUAAAAAAUAAACACAAAUAAACCAAAGUUUACAAUUACGACUCUAGAUGUUGUUUAACCCCGGUUUAUGACAAUGCUGCCAUUUUAUGUCCAUCAAAAUAAGCUGCACAAAGUUUGCUGUUAAGACUUUCAUUAAAGGUAAUUUGCUCUCUUGUGCCAGAAGGGAACUGUGUAUCAAAUAACCUUCCAAAUAUGUAAGUUAAAUUAUUAUAUACUUCUUGUGCCAUGUUCAAAUUUUCUUCCUACCCCUCCUUUAUUAGUUCAGGGAAGAAAUUUUUUUUUUCCCCCACAUGGAUAUAUUAAAUCUUUUUAACGGAAUGUAUGUAAGUAGUCCAUUUUUAAUUUCGUAUUUAUAUAAUUGUUCCAAAAAUGGCAUCUAUCAAUAUGGACUACUAUAUAAUGGUUGAUUCACUGCCUUUUUUUUCUCUUUCAUGUACCCGUUACUCCUACAGUCUGACUGUACAAAUGGCUUGUAGUUAGGAACUCUUUCUUAAAAACAUUGCCUUUUUUAAUCCACAAACCUGCCAUAAUAUUAGGUGCAUAUCAGGAGAGGGCUGAGGUUUACUUUUCUCUGUUUAGCCUUUAUGUAUAUACAAUAUGCCGUUAAUUUUAUUGGGGUUAGGGGUGGGAGGAGUGUGGGGUGGCAGUCCAUCCAGAAGCAUUGCCUACAGCUAUAGAAGUUUGAUCAUCUGUACAGCAUUAUUUUCUAUACAAGAUCAGAUAGGGCAUGUAUAUGACAUAUAAAUAAUAUAAAUACCAAUUUUGUAUGAUGUUUUGUAGUCCAUGCCAAAUUCUGGUUCUGUGGUAGGCAAAGUGAUGUCCCUGCACGGGGAACAUUUGUGGCUCAUGUAAAUGUGAGAAUGCAUAAACCAUUCAGAUGUUUUGAUAUAUUUGUGAUAUUUACCUGCCUUGAACACUGCUGUCUCGCCUAUUUGGGUUGAGAAGAAAAAAGAAUGAGCAUUUUUUUUUUUUUGUUGUGAAACAAUGUCCUGUGUAAAAAAAGAAAAAUGUUUCAAAUUCUUUCCUGUAAUUUAUUUUCCGUAUAAUUAAAAUUUGUUGUAUAUAUGGCA